GCCUAGUGGCUGGCUGGUCACAGAGAGCGGUAGGCAUCAGCCACCAUGGGAAAGAUGGGGCGCUCACCAGAUGCCCAUAGAACCCCAGCCCCAGCUGGUACCACAGCUGUGCCUGGACUCACUCCAGACCUCAUUGCCAGGAACCCCUGGCCCCGCUGGGCACUCGUCCUCGUUGCUCUUGCCACCGUUCUUGGUGUCUUCUGCCUGCUCUGUGCCAUCUGUUGCUGCUGCUGCCGCCGUCACCGCCACAGGAAGAAGCCCAGGGACAGGGAGGCCGUGGGCCUGGGCAGCGCCCAUAGCAGCACCUCCACCCAUCUGGUGCAGCCGGAUGUGAGUGACCUGGAGUCCAGUCCUGGGGAACCUUCGCAAUGGGGGCGCCUGCAGCUCUCCCUGGAGUAUGACUUUGAGAGCCAGGAGAUCAGGGUGGGCCUGAAGCAGGCAGCUGACCUGAAGGCGGCAGGCACGGCGAACCCCUAUGCCCUUGUCAGGUCCACCCAGAUGCGGAAGAGGCACCAGACGAGGGUGUACCGUGGCACCCUCUGCCCAGUGUUUGAUGAAGCCUGCAGCUUCCAUGUCCCACAGGCCGAGCUGCCUGGGACCACCCUGCAGGUACAGCUGCUGGACUUCAGGCGUUUCUCCCAGCACGAGCCUCUGGGCUCACUCAGCCUGCUUCUGGGCACGGUGGAUUUGCAGUAUGUCUUGGAGUGCUGGUACCAGCUAGGCCCACCUAGUGCUGCCCAGCCCGAGCAGGCUGGGGAGCUGUGCAUCUCACUCCAGUAUAUGCCUGGCUCAGGCCGACUGUCCGUGGUGGUGCUGGAGGCCCGGGGCCUGCAACCAGGGCUGGCAGAGCUCUAUGUGAAGGUCCAGCUCAUGCUGAACCAGCGGAAGUGGAAGAAGAGAAAGACGUCUGCCAGGAAGGGCUCUGCUGCCCCCUACUUCAACCAGGUCUUCACCUUCCUCAUGCCCUUCAGCCAGAUCCAGAGUGUGGACUUGGUGUUGGCUGUCUGGGCCCGUGGCCCGCAGCUCCGGGCUGAGACCAUGGGCAAGGUACUUCUUGGUGCCCGAGCCUCUGGCAAGCCCCUACAGCACUGGGCAGACAUGCUGGUCCAUGCCCGGCGGCCCAUUGCCCAGUGGCACCGCCUGCAGCCUGCCGGGGAGGUGGACUGCAUGCUGGCCAUGCAGCCACGUCUGGACUUGCCCUUACUUCAUUCCUGA